UAAACAGGGAUACAUCUGCACUUUCACUGAGGGAGGGUGUACUGUUAGAAAGGGUGAAGCUGUGUCGACUUAGCUGGGUCAUCUUGGUGAAGACCAAGGAUGAGGUGGCAAAGGUGUUUAAGCGGUGGAUACGCUAUGUGGAGAGGGAAUCAGGGGCCAAGGUAAAGGUGUUAAGGUCAGAUCGGGGUGGAGAGUACCUUGGGAAAGAACUUCAAACCUUCUUGGAAGAAAAGGGUAUUACCCACCAGCUCUCUGUACCUUACACGCCGCAGCAAAAUGGGGCAGCGGAGCGGCUUAACAGGACCUUGACCGAUUUGGCUCGGGCCAUCCUUGCCCAUGCCGAGCUUGAUAACACUUGGUGGGGGGCAGCAGUGCAGUAUGCCAACUGGUCUGCCAUUGCCCUUGCACAGAAUGCAUGCUUGCAUGGCCGCACCAAACACAUGCAGGUCCGGUGGCAUUUCAUUCGGGAGAUGGUAGCUGCGGGUGAGGUGAUUUUGCAGUGGUGCCCCACCAACCGUCAGGCUGCUGAUAUUCUUACCAAGUCUCUUCCAUUUGAGCGUCAUGGGAACCAGCCAUUUCCCACCUCCACCCACGCACUCCCAUUUCCCUUUCGUCUGUCGCCCCUUCACCUCCGGCACGUCAGCCCUCGCCUCCCUUGUUACAACUCGAGACAAGUGCGGGAAAGUGCGUACCCCAAAUCCAUUUACAGUCCUCGAGGGCGGUGCGCGAAUCGAAUGGAAGCGAGAGGACAAGACGGGAAGGAGGGGGGCCGUGGGAAAUCGCAGAGCAACGAAGCCACUGAGAGCUGCGAGGAUAUGCUUAAAGCCACGGACUGGGGUGUUUCGGAUGGGCGCUGGGAGAACGGCCGCGGUGGUGGCGCGGAGGUCGCGCCUGGAAGCGGCGGGGAUGAGAUUUCGCCGCGCCGGCUGCUUGCAAUACUUCGCGCCCGCUCCACGCCUCUGAAUCCCACAGGCGAAAACGCAGGUGAACGCGCUGGCGAAAACGGUGGCGAAGCUGCAGGCGAAAUCGGUGGCGAAAACGCGGGAAAGGCGGGGCGAAAGCUGGUGGAAGCGUUUCUUGACGCUCGCGAGGCGCGGGCGAUCGUUCGACAGAGCACGCGGGAGGGGAAGGGGGAGGGGAAGGUGAGGCGGAGAGGGAGGAGAGGCCGAAGGCAGAGCGGAAGGGGAGAGCAAAGGGAGGGGAGAAGGGAAGGGGGAGGGCGAAGCGAUGACAGGGGAAGGGGUGACAGGGGCGAAACAGUUGAAGGGCAUGUGAGAGGGGAUCGCGGCACGGAUGAUGGCGACGCGAGUGGCAGCGACGGGAGCAGUGAGUAUGAGGACGAGGGGGAUGAGGGCGAGGGGGAUGAGGACGAGGAUGCGGAUGACGAUGCGGAGGAGGGCGGCGGUGUUCUGGGCGAGCUGUUUCCCGUCGAGGGGGCGGGGUGGCAGGCGGAGAGGAUGCGCGCGGAUGUCGGGGAGACAAGGGGGGAGGAGCCGCCACGAGCAGACGGCGCUGCCGCCGCCGCUGCUGCUGCUGCUGCUGCCGCCGCCGCCGCCGCCGCUGCUGCUGCUGCUGCUGACGUGGAUGCCGCGCCUUUGGUGUCGUCUCAAAACCGAGGUGUUUAUGGCGUAGGUGCUGCAGCUGCUCACAUAGAUUUUGCAACUUUAGAGUCCUCGAAAAAACUUGGUGUUUAUGAUGCUGGUGCUGGUGCUGGUGCUGGUGCUGCGCGUGGGGCCGCGUCGAAUGGGGGUGCUGGUGCAGAAGGGGCGCUCACGGCGUCUGCGCCCUUGGGGUCGAGCAGAGAAGGAUGGGGCGAGAUGGGGGCAGGGCAGGGGCGAGCGGGGGGGGGGGAUGGAGAGUGCAGGGCAGGACGGGCAGGCGGAGUAUGGGCGCCCGAGGCGUCCAGCAGAGAGGGAGCGGGCGAGGUGGGUGCCGGGCAGGGGGGAGUGGAUGACACAGGCAGGCGCGCCGAGGGCAGGGCGGGAGGGGCGGUGGGAGGUGCGAGGCCCACGGGGGCGGCUGGAGAAGGGGCGCGGGGAGUGGUGGCAGGGCAGGGGCGGACGGAAAAGGCGGGAGGGCAUGACGGGGAGGGGGGUGGGGAGGAUGAGGCUUUGGAGAAAGCGGACGGUUCCAAGGGCACGCAUGUCGAGAAGCUCACGGGAAGCAGCGAGGGUGUGGGAGGGGCGAGGCUCGUGGAGCCGCCUGCUCAAGGGGCGCGAGGAGGGGUGGCAGGCGAGGGGGUGACGGAAGGGACAGGAGGGAGCGGGGAGCAAGGGGAUGGGGAGAAAGGGGAUGGGGAGAAAGUGGAUGGGGAGAAAGGGGAUGGGGAGAAAGGGGAUGGGGAGAAAGGGGAUGGGGAGAAAGUGGGCGGCGCUAAGGGCGGGCGUGGCGAGGAGCUGACAGGAAGCAGCAAGGGCGAGUUCACGCCGCGCCACCUGCUGGCAUUCCUCCGCGCCCGGGCUGCCGGCGCUAGUGCUGCCGGCGCUGGUGCUGCCGGCGCUGGUGCUGCCGGCGCUGCGGUGCGUCUGAAGCAGGCGGGCCAGCGGUCUGACACAGGCAGUGGCGAGAUUGGGGGCGGGCAGUGGCGAGGGAUGGUAGCAUCGUUUCUGCGCGCAAGAGAGGCGCGGGCGACUGUUAGGAAGGUGAAGUGGGCGGGUGGAGACGAGGGAGUGAGAACGAGGCAGGAAAAACGGAGGGCGAAAGAGCAGAGGAGGAAGGGGAGGAGAAGUGGGGGAGUCUUGAGCUGGCACGUGGGGGGGAGAAGGAAGGGCGGGAGGGGUGGGAGAGACGUGAGAGCGGAUGGGGGAGGGGAAGCGAGAAGAGCGAGGGCGGAAGGGCAGGGGAGGGGAGAAGGGGGUAAGGGAGUGGUUGAUGGCGGGGAGGAGGAGGGGUUGGAAGGGCGUGAGGCCAUUCAUAACGAGGACGGGAAGAGCGGGGAUGUGUGGGAGGAUGACUUGGGGGACCUGUUUCACGUGGAGGGCUUCGACCGCUGCGAGCAAGUGGUGCUGGAGGAGCGAGCCGGGGGCGGGGAGUGCAGGGCGGUGGCGCUGCCAAGACUGGCUGAGGUGGAAGAACAACCGGGAUGGAGCAAGGACUCGGUAAGGGCUUUCUUGUUUCGUGUUCAUGAGAAUGUGAGAUUGGGUUGUACUUUCCUGUGGAGGGUUUGUCCGGUACGAGCAAGUGGUGGUGGAGGAACCAGGUGGGGGCGGGGAGAGCAGGGCUGUGGCACGGCGUGCAUCCUCCUCAUCCGUACCUACGCAGCGCACACUUCCGACUCCGAUGCUUGUGAUGAGGAGGUCCAACACCCCCACGCUGAGCCUGGUGAUGCCACCCCUCCCUCUCCUGCUGCUGAAGCAGGGAGCGGUGUGAGAGCAGCUGCUGCUGUGACUCACCCUUCCAAGGGUUCGAUUAAAGAGAGGCGGAGUCGCAGGGAGCGAGUGGACAGUGCGGGCGUAGAGAAACUGGCUGCUGGUAUGCCCCUUUCUUCCCAAGAUGCAAACGAGGCGUCUAGAAGGCAGCGGAUGGGAGAAACUGCGUGUGAGACUCCUCAAAGGAGAAGGGAGCGACUUCGACCCCGUGUGGGUGAGAUCAAGGGAAGCACGAGGUUCGGGAUGGGGAUGGGCGGCGUUGGGGGGAGGCAGGCUGUGGGAAGUGCAGGGGAGAAAAGGGUUGCUUUCGAUCUGACUCACGAGCCGGAAGAGGCACUCGAAGGGGAGAGCAAGAAGAGAGUGAGAGGCAAGGAGAGGGUACGAGAUAGGAGGGCGAGCGAGCGAGAGACGGAUGACAGGGGGGAGAGGGCGAAGAAUCAAGCCAGGGAUACAUUGGGCAAGUUCGUUACAUGCACGGCGGUGGAAGGGAGGGAGGAAGGGAGAAAGAGGCAGAGAGGAGGAGGCGUUGGAAGAGGUCUGGGUGUGCAAGGAGGGGGAUUAGUGGGGCGAGUGGGAGAUCGUGAGGGGGGAGAGAGCGAGCAGGGGGCAGUGGGGCUGGAGGGCGGAGCAGCAGCGGUCCCAGGGACACCUGACCAGGGCGAGGGGAAGAGGCGCAGGGUUGGCGUGUCAGCAACAGCUGCACCGACGGUUGCAGCAGCAGCAAGGUCAGCAGAAAGAUCAGCAGCACGGGCAGCAGCGACAGCGCUACCACCAACAGUAAAAGCAGCAGCAACAGCAGGACCACCACCAAUAGCACAACCAGCACCAGCACCAGCACCACCAGCAACACCAGCAACACCAGCACGACCGGCAUCAGCAGCACCACCAGCUGCAGCAGCAGCGCCACCACCAGCAGCAGCAUCAACACCAGCACCAGCACCAGCACCACCACAAGCACCAGGGCGGGCAACAGGAAACGAUGCAAGCGAGCGAUCCUCCCUACAAGACACUCUGCGGAACUCUCUACAGAGCAUCGGGUUCGACCGCGCCAAGAGGGAGAUCGCCAAAGAGCUGAAGCGGCAGCAGGUGUCGGUGGCAGCGAGUGCCAUGAGGGCAGUGCAGGAGGCGAGGAGAGAGGAGGAGCGGGGUGUGAGGGAGAUGAGGGCUCUGGAAGCAGCGGAGGAGACGAGAAUCGAGGGGGUGAGGGCGCACUAUGACCGGCGGAUUAAUGAUUUCAUGCAGGGGCUGUUUCAGGAGAUCAAUGAGAGGAGCGCACGGAGAGGUGAUACCGGGUGAUUGGUGCAGACGGUGGGUGAAACGUUGGACUGCAGAACGAUGAAGGAAGACACUUCACCCUGGAAUCAGGGAUUCUGCAGCGCUGCAACUCUGACUGAAUCUGGGUUUGUGUAUGAGACACCUGUCAACUUAUACAUAUCAUGCAUGUAGAAGUUAUAGGAUAGUAUCGGUGUGUGCUCUUAGUGAGUACAACCCAACUGCUAUAUGUUCCCUGUUUCCCCUCUAGUAAUUUAUUCACGUAUU